CCAAAACUCACCUUUUGGCAGAUUUUUGCUCAUCUUAUCAAACCUUCAAAAAAAAAAAAGUCCACUUUUUCACAGUCUGCCAGAAUAAAGGGAUGAAGGUUGGGGAUGGACCUGUUGCCGUGGAAACGGACUCCUAUCCCAUCAUUGAGCUGAUGAGCAGAAAACAAACUGGGAGCACUGGACUGUUGUCUAAGAAAAACUUCUCUCAACGGAGCAUCUGACAAACUUUGAAUGUUUCUGGAGGGGUUUUGUGUAUCUGUGUGGAGUUAUAACUGAAUCAGAGACAUGUCUGGGACCAAACCACCCCGUCAGGAGCAUCCGGACUCUGAUCCAGAUGACACAUCAGAGGAGCUGACAGAGGUGGUGUGUCUGGAGUCAGACCUGCAGGAUGGACAGAUGAUGGAGGUUGAAGUGGGACACCACAGUGUGCUGUUGGCACGCAGCGAGGGCAAAUACAGUGCCAUUGGUAACCAAUGUACACACUAUGGAGCUCCACUUAGUAAAGGGGUUCUUUCAGGCCACACAGUGCGCUGCCCGUGGCAUGGCGCCUGUUUCAAUGUCCAUACAGGAGAUCUGGAGGAAUACCCCGGCAUGGACUGUUUACCCUGCCAUAAGGUCAAAAUUCAAAACAGCAAAGUGUACGUGUCUGUAAAUAAAAAGACCCUCAGGCAGGAGAAGAGAGUGAAGAGUAUGGGAGGUGCAGUACCAGGAGUAACUCAUACUGUUCUGCUGCUGGGAGGAGGAGCUGCGUCGUUGAUCUGUGCUGAAACUCUGCGGCAGGAGAACUUUGGCGGCAGAAUCCUCAUGGUCAGCAGAGAUGACCUUUUACCUUACGACAAAACACGACUCAGCAAGGUGAUGAAUGUGGAGAGCGACACUAUCCUGCUGAGGAGGAUGGAGUUUUACCAUAAGCACGACAUCGAGGUGUGGCUCAGAAAAGAAGCGAUGUCAGUGGACACAGACAAGAAGACAGUCACAUUUGAUGAUGGUUCAGUCCAGAGCUACGACCAGCUCCUCAUCUCAACAGGCUGCAGAGCGAAGGGUCUUGAUGUACCCGGCAUGAAGCUGGGCAACGUCAAGAUGUUGGAGACACCAGAGGACGCCCGGCAAAUCCACGCAGCCUGUCUGGGCUGCAACGUCGUCCUCGUGGGAACCUCUUUUGUCGGUAUGGAAGUUGCAUCAUAUUUGAUAGGCAAAGCCUCCAGUAUCACGGUGAUCGGCAGCAGUCAGAUGCCGUACCAGAACACACUGGGUCGUGAAAUUGGCAAAAUCACCAUGAUGAUGCUGUCAGAGAAAAAUGUGAAAUUCUUCAUGAAUGAUAACGUGACGGAGGUCAAAGGUGUGGAUGGCAAGGUGAAGGAGGUUGUGCUUAAAAGUGGAAAAGUCAUCCCAGCCGAUGUCUUGAUUGUUGGUAUUGGCAUCAGACCAAACUCAGAGUUCCUGCAGGGCAGCAAAAUACAGAUGGACUCGAAAAACUUUGUAAUAGUCGACAAGUACAUGCGCACCAACAUCCCCGAUGUGUUCUGUGGGGGCGACCUGGCCACCUUCCCCCUGAUGAUGGCCAAAAACCAGCUAGUCAACAUAGGACACUGGCAGAUGGCACAAGCACAUGGGAGGAUAGCGGCUCUAAACAUGCUGGAUAAAAAGAUUGAACUCAGCUCAGUUCCUUUCUACUGGACCGUCCUACUGAAUAAAACCAUUCGAUAUGCAGGCUAUGGGGAGGGAUACACUGAUCUUGUAAUGAAAGGAAAGGUUGAGGACAGGAAGUUCUUGGCAUUGUACAUCAAGGAUGAUGAGGUCAUAGCAGCAGCGAGCCUAAACUAUGACCCAGCAGUGUCUGCAGUAGCUGAGCGGCUCGCAAUAGGAAAAAUCAUCACGAAGAAAGAGGCUGAAUCAGAUGACCUGAGCUGGCUGCAGUUGCCCCAAUCUACACUUUCCCCCACUCUCACACUAAACACGCCAUCUGCACAAUGUUGACAUGUAGCCAGAAUCUCAUUCAUCUGUCUCCUCGUCACCACCGCUCUCACCAAGAAGAGUUUGGAGACCUGGAUUAACAAGUUUGACUCAGAAGAGACAGACCUAACAUGAACCACAGUGAAGUUUAUAUUAACAGUGUUGAAGUAUUGGGUUUAAACUGUGCGUCACACACUCAGUGUUCAGGUGAGGGGGACUCCACCAUGCAAACAACAGAUACCUCAGACGGAUGCAGCUUUCGAGACUUCUUUUAUAAUUUUAAUAUUUUUUAUUAUUUCUUUAGAGUUUUUUCAUGGUUUUAUGUCUCCAGGGGUAUUUCAGUGACAGUCCAGAGACAUCAUACUCACGAUGCCUCAGUAUGUUCUCUGCUGUUGAUCUUUAAAAGGCGGUGUACGAUACCUUUUACUUGGAUGGGGCUGCUGGAAAAACACAAGUGCCCUUAAUGCCCGCUGCAGCCAUGUGCGUGGUCCGGUCAAUGAGUUGGAGGGGGGAUUAUGAGAACAGAGGGGGAGUGCUCAGCUCUUUGAAGCAGAGAUGCUGAAAUAGGCAAUGGUAACAAUAGGCCUCCGACAAACAGCACACAAAUGCAGUGUGACAAAACCUGCACAAAAGAAGUGCUGGGUUUUUCUCUCUCCCCCCUCUGUCUCUCUGCUGGUUUAUCACUGUCUUUACUGCACAUCUCCUCAUUUACUUUUAGCUUCACUCUCUCUUCCUGUCAGUAUGGCUACAUACAGUUCACUGCAUCCAGGAUUCAACUGGUGCAGACUCUUCAAAGCUAGUGCCAGAUAAUUUAGGACUGAAGGUGCCAAUAACUUCUAUAUUGUACUAAUGUUGUAUGUAAUUUUAUUUUUUUUUUCUUCAUUUUUUAACAGUAUUUAGAUCAUGAUCAGAAUAUCAAUAUGCCUCUGGAUAUAAUACAUUGCAGGAUAAUUAAUUGAAAAAUUGUUACUAGAAAAAAAUAACCAGACAAGAAACUUUAUUCUCUUUUUCUUUUUUUUGGGUGAACAGAGCAAAUUUUUAGGCUACCUGAUGUAGUCCUGUCGCCAGAAGAUGAUGUUGGCAUUAUACAUUUCUGCAAACCAUGGACGGUGUGAAAAUUAUGCAAAGUUUAGAGAGUCAUCGCUUCAUUUUCAGCUGCGUUUUAGCCACCAAACAUCGGUGUUUUUGAGUGAUCUGUCACUGUGUUUCCACCUGGUACUGUGCAAUGAAAAGUGG